AUGGUGGGACUUGGGGCUGUGGUGACAGCUGUCGUUGCUGGUGUGGCUCAUGGAUGUUCCCGGGCUUACUAUGAGGACGGCGCCGGCCACUUCUACACCGGGCGUUGCAUGGAUUGGAAGGAGCCGACCAAGGCCAAAGUUUGGGCAUUUCCGCAGGGCAUGAAGAGGGACGGGGGCGUGGGUGCCGGUUCGCUUGAGUGGACAUCCAAGUGGAAUUCCGUGGUGACGUCCUUCUACGACGUGGGGUCCGUGGAUGGCAUCAACGAGAAGGGCCUGGUUGGCAGCAUGCUAUUUUUGGCAGAGGCUGAUUACGGGUCCAAGCAACGUGACGAUCAGAAGAAGCUGUCGGUUGGGGCGUGGCUGCAGUACGUGUUGGACAGCUUUGCCACCGUUCCAGAAGCCGUCGCAGCCCUGCAGACGGAUGACAUUAACAUCAUCGCCCCGACUCUUCCCAGUGGAGAGUCUGCCAGCGUACAUGUUGCCCUUUCUGAUGCAGCCAACGGUUCUGCAAUCCUUGAGUAUAUAGCUGGGCGCUUGGUUAUCCACAACGGUUCCCAAUACAAAGUGAUGACCAACUCGCCGCCAUAUGGUCAGCAGCUAGCGCUGACAACAUACUGGCAAGGAGUUGGGGGCACGGCUUUCCUUCCAGGAACGCAUCGAGCAGCAGACCGCUUCGCACGUUUGAGCUACAACCUUCAUGCUGUUCCCAAGGUGAAUACAUCCAAGCUGGCCGUGGCGACCGUCUUCUCCCUAGUGCGAGAAGUCUCCGUGCCCCUGGGCGUGCUGGACCCGCAUCAUGCGAAUUUGGCCUCGACUCGGUGGCGCAGCGUCACCGACCACAGCGCCCGGCGCUACUUCUUCGAGUCCACCACGAGUCCCGGCGUCUUCUGGGUGGACUUGAAGAGCGUCGACUUCACCGGAGGAGCGAAACGCCUACCCUGGCCAGAGGAGGACUUGGCCGGAGAUGUCUCAAACAAGUUUGUGCCCACCGAGCCCUUUCCGUUCAUCCGCCCGGGUCAUCACUCCCGACGCCUGCUUGUAUAG